AUGAAGCGCACCGAUUCCGCCUCAAGCAUUGCGUCGCUUCCUUCGCUGCCGACGUUCAACCACAGCCUGACUCCGUCUUCAAGUAACGCUGGCCACGCUCGGGCUCGCCCGUUCGGCGAUUACGAAGACGAGAUGGAAGUGAUAGAGUCGGAUGACGAGGAUCGCCACGUUCCGUCUUCAUCCGCCUCUUCCUCCAGCAACCAUCAGAUGGGCUCGUCUUCCGGAAAGCAGAGACACGGCUCGUCACGUCGCACCGACUCGUACAUUCUUACCACAUCUCCCUCCACCACCUCUCCGGGCUCGUUCACAUUCCACUCGACUUCGGAAGAUCCAAGCGAGGCGGGUGCCUCCACCGAUGCGAUCCACGCCUCGCUCGUCCUCGCUCGCCAUAUCUUUUCGGUCGCUGUCACCGAAAAAUGGUGCCGUCAAGACAACUUCUCCAACGCUGUGGCCGUCCGCGUCAACGUCGGAAGCUACAUCCUCUACCCGCAGGAGGGCUCAUCCAUGCCUGCCUUCUCGCGAGCCAUGCUCGAGCUCAACUGUGACGCGGCCAUCAUCAUCAACACCCCGCUGGUUGCAGCUGCCCUCUCCACGCUCAACCAAGGAGAAAACGAGAUCCGCCUGAGCUCCUCCAAGCGUGUUCAGGUGGUCAGGAGCCUCGACUACCUCGGCGGUGCUCGUCGUGCUCAGAUGGCCGCAUUUUCAGACACCGAACAGGUGCUGGUGAUUUGGACCGAAUCGUGCCGAGAUCUCAUCGAGCAGGUCCGCGCUUUCGAGCGCCUGCUGGUCGACUACGUGUGGUCCAUCACUGCCGAUCCGACGGCCUCGGCCCGACACAGCAUGGUGUCUCGCUCGCCCUCGCUCAUGUCGCUCAACACCGCGGUCGAGAACACGGUGGUAAGCUCGGCCUCCGCCGAAUCCGACCUGGCUCAGCUCGAGAGCUACGUGCCGGAAGUGCGCAAGACAGAAUGUGUGGCCAGCUGCGUCUCCAUGGCCAUCGGCCCGAUACGUCCCAUGAUGCGCAACUCGCGCUACUAUUCAGGCGUCUCCCCCGAACCUCCCGUCGGCAAGACCAUUCUUCCUCACGUGACCAUCCAGGUUCCUGUCUACAAGGAGUCGCUCGUUCAGGUUCUCCAGCCCACACUUGACUCCAUCCGGGCCGCCAUCACCGAGUACGAGCUGCAAGGCGGUACCGCUUCUAUCCUCAUCGCCGAGGACGGCAUGUUGGUUGUCGACGAAGAAGAGCGAGAAGCCCGUCUCGACUUUUACCGUCGCCAUGACAUUGCUUGGAUCGCCCGUCCCCGUCACGGAGACAUGUUCACUCGCGCAGGUCGCUUCAAGAAGGCCUCCAAUCUCAACUUCAGCAUGCAGAUCUCCAAGAAGUACGAAGAGUCGAUCCUCGCCAACCCCAACCAAGACCGCGAAUCUCUGCUCCAGCACAUCUUGAAGGAGCGACACCCGGAAGCUACUGGCGAGGGCGAUGUCAGCAUCGGCGAGCUCAUCCUGCUGAUCGACUCGGAUACGCGUAUCCCUGCCGACUCGCUCCUUCCCAGCGCCUGGGAGAUGGCAUCGUCUCCAGACGUCGCCAUCCUGCAGCACUGCUCGGGCGUCCUCAUCGUCGGUUCGGGCUUCUUCGAAAAGUCGCUCGCCUACUUCAUGAGGUUCAUCUACUUUUUCAUCUCUUGGCAGACGGCCACGGGCGAAGUUGCCCCCUUUGUCGGCCACAACGCCUUCCUCCGCAAGUCCGCCAUCAUGGAGCUGGCAGAGGAAUCGCUUGGACCCAAGAACAGCGACGGCCUUAUCAAGCCGUGGUCCGAAGAGACCGUCUCCGAAGAUCUCGACGUCGGUCUCCGUCUGCUCCUUCGCGGUUGGGUGACGCGCUGGGUGACCUACUCCAACUACGGUUUCCAGGAGGGUGUUUCGCUCACCUACGUCGACGAGGUCAACCGUUGGCGCAAGUACACGUUCGGUAUCUUUGAGCUCUUCCUCAACCCGCUCUGGCGAUGGCCGGUGCAGGGCCCCGUGCCCAAGCUCAUUCGCACCGUCUUCUGGUCGAACAAGGUGCCCAUUCACUACAAAUUCCACCUGCUCGCCUACGCCGCCGGCUAUGUUGCUAUCGGAGUCUCGCUGCCCAGCGCCUUGGCACUCUACUUUGUCUCGGGCUGGCUCGGACCGUGGAUGCUGCCGUUCUUCGUUCCCUCGUUCCAAUACUGGGUUGUUUCGCUGGUGAUCUUUGGCGCAACAGGCGCGCUCGGCGUCACGAUCGCGCGUCACCGCAGCGGCGAUGCCAACAUCUUCCGCGCGCUCGCACAGUUCCUUCUCUGGUACCCGAUCAACCUGAUCACCAUCGUCUCGCUCUCGAUUCCGCUCGCCAAGGCCAUGGUGUCUUUCCUCGUCUCUCUUCCGGUCUCGUUCGGCGUCACCGCCAAGGACGACAGCAACUUCCACUUUGCCAAGGAGGCUCCUCUCGUGCUUCGCCACUUCUGGCAGUCGAGCACCAUCUGCCUCGCUAUCGUGGCCGGCGUCAGCGUCUUGGCUACCUCGGCGGUGCCCAUCACGUGGCAGAUCACGGACUGGCCUACAAUGCUGCCCCUCCUCUUCAUCUCGGUCGCCACCCUCCUCUCUCCUUUCCUCCUUAACCCGGCGCUCAUUCGUUUCUCGUUCUAA